AUCAAAAUUUGGGUAGAAAGUGAAAUUUACUAAGUUUGCGUUCCAUCGGUGCAAUUUACCCUUCGAAGCAGUGUUCUUCCGGCUCCGGCCAUUCUCCACCUCUCUCGACUACUCUCUCUCUCCGUCCGCGAAUCUAACUGAUGGGCAACACGUCUUCAAUGCUCACUCAGUACGAUAUCGAAGAAGUCCAGCAACACUGCAACCACACCUUUUCGCAGCAUGAGAUUGUUUCUUUGUACCAGAGGUUCUGUCAGAUCGAUCGCAGCUCCGCUGGCUUCAUAUCCGCCGACGAGUUCUUGUCGGUUCCCGAGUUCGCUGUCAAUCCUCUGGCCCAGAGACUGAUGAGGAUGGUGGAUGGAUUGAACUUCAAGGAAUUUGUGGCUUUCCUAUCUGCAUUUAGCUCUCGUGCAAGCUUGCAACAAAAAGUUGAAUUUAUCUUCAAAAUUUAUGAUUCGGACUGCAAUGGGAAGGUAUCUUUCGAUGAUUUAUUGGACAUUUUGCGAGAUUUGACCGGGCAGUUUAUAUCCGAACAGCAAAGACAGCUAGUUUUGAUGCAGGUCCUUGAGGAAGCAGGCUACACAAAGGAUUCCAUGUUAGUUUUAUCCGAUUUUUUGAAGGUUCUAGGCAGCUCUGACUUGAAGAUGGAAGUUGAGGUUCCAGUGGAUUAAAACAACUGUAAUCAUUAAAGCUAACUCCAUGUUUGGGAGCUUGGACUUGGAUUUGUAAGUACUGCAUUUCAUUCAAAUCCAUACAAACACAAAUCCGAGAAUUGAGAUAUGUGUUCCCAACACAACUUUUCCAACAAAUGUGCACAAGCAACUGGCCUUUUGUGUUUUUCAUAGGUACCUCUUGGGAAUGUGUACUCUUUUCUGAUUCUGGCAUUGUGGCAUUGUGCUUGCUUCUUGUAGAUCAAGCAUCUGCUAGGUAUCUAUUUUGGCAUAACAAAAAAAUUGAAACUUACCGAUUACUGUAAUGCAUUGGGGAAUACUUGUUCCUUCAAAAACACUAUGCUGGUUUUGAAUUGUAGGCAAAUUUUGCAGUCAAAGUGUCAUUGAAUUUCCAUGUGACAGUUAAUACUUGAAUUUCAUUUAUAUUUUAAAUUCCUGAACUUCAUCACA